GGAUAAAAGAAAUAUCAGCGCCUGCGCCUACGGCUCCACGAGGCAAAACCAGAGAAAGGAUAAAAGAAGCGGCAAAGCGAAGAAGCAGUUCUGGUUUGAGAUCAAUUGCACAUGAGGCGGUGCGCAGGUUAAAGCAAACAUGCCCUUCCUUCUUCAUCCCUGUAACUGCUCCAUUUUCAACCCAACUUUCCCACUCUUUAAUUCAGUUCUAUACAGCACCGCCGCUCAAUUUCCGGUUAUUCUAGCCUCCCACAAGGCUAAAACCCCAAACCCCCACUCUGGGUCUUCCAAGAACCUUGCUUUUUCUUCAAUUUGGAGACGGGUACAAGCCCCACUUUGCUCUAAACAGGAGACAUAUGAGGAAUUCGGGAGCGCUGAGUUGCCUGGAAAGCUUAAAAGCGAGGAGCUUGAAUUGCUAAAUAAGCCGUCUCCUAAGCCAAUAGACGACCAGCCUGAUGCAGAAACCCAAGAGGAAUCUAAAAAGCCUAGUAAAGAUGAACUCUUGGAGCCUUUUCAUCGGCUCUUCUCGCAGGAUGAAAAUCACGUUUCUGAACUGGGCAGUAAGGGUGAAGCUGUUCAGGAAAGAAAGGAAGUUACUGUUGAGUAUUUUGAGCCUAAACCAGGUGAUUUUGUGGUGGGUGUGGUGGUCUCCGGCAAUGACAGGAAGCUUGAUGUGAAUAUUGGUGCUGACCUAUUGGGCGUGAUGCUGACUAAGGAUGUGUUGCCAUUACAUGGUAAGGAGAUGGGGGAUUUGUUGUGUGACUUGGAGAAGGAUGCUGAGAAGGUGAUGGUGGGAGGGAAGGUGGGAAUUGUGAAAAAUGAUGAGGCCCUAGGUGGGGAGCCAAUGCUAGGCAAGCCUGUGGUGGAUCCUGGGACUGUCUUGUUUGCUGAGGUUCUUGGAAGAACUCUCAGUGGUCGCCCAUUGCUCUCUUCAAGAAGGCUCUUUAGACGAAUGGCCUGGCAUCGAGUGAGGCAGAUCAAACACCUUAAUGAACCUAUUGAGGUCAAGAUAACCGAGUGGAAUACUGGUGGUCUCUUAACAAGAAUAGAGGGAUUGCGUGCUUUUCUUCCAAAGGCUGAGUUAUUGAACAGAGUAAACAGUUUCAGAGAGCUAAAGGAGAAUGUGGGGCGUCGGAUACAUGUACUGAUUGCCAGAAUAAACGAAGAAACUAAUGACUUAAUACUGACUGAGAAGGAAGCUUGGAACAUGUUAAAUCUUCAAGAGGGGAAACUUUUGGAAGGAACUGUCUGGAAAAUUUUUCCACAUGGCGCACAGAUAAGGAUAGGUGAAACUAAUCGUAGUGGGAUACUGCACAUUUCGAACAUCACUAAAGGCCGGAUUACUUCAGUUGGUGACUUGUUAGCCGUGAAUGAGAAGGUUAAAGUUUUGGUCGUGAAGUCAAUGUUUCCCGACAAAAUAUCUCUGAGUAUCGCAGAUCUUGAAAGUGAGCCGGGGUUAUUUUUAUCGAACAAAGAGAAAGUAUUUUCGGAAGCAGAAUGGAUGGCAAAGAGAUACAGGCAGGGCAUCCCAGCUUCUUCAGUGACCCGUAAAAGAGAACCCCUUCCAACCAACAGUCUUCCUUUCGAAGAUGGAGAAAGUAUGUACGCAAAUUGGAAAUGGUUCAAAUUUCAAAAGGAUAACGAGGAAUCAACCCCGUGAUUCUAGAGCUAAGAAAGAAGGUCACAACGAGCCUCGGUUAGAAAAAGGAGGAACAAACUCUAACGCUCCACACACAGCAUUAUGAGUGGCGAUUUUCGCUUAGACCUUUGACGGUCCAAGAAAUCAUCAUUCCGGACCUCCAUCCAUCGGGGAAACAGAGGAGCAACAUCAACAAUGGUCAUCUGGGAGCAGCAUUUGUGUUAGAUAUCCUCUUCCUUUCUUCUAUUUUGUGAUUAAUUAAUUAACCUGUAUCUUUGUGUUUAUACUCCACGAACCUUAAAAGCCAUUUGUAUGUACAAUUCUUGAGUAGAGAGAGGAUAUCAACUUUUGUUGCUACGAAGAUAAUUGAUAUUAGAUCUGGAAUCUUGAACAAUCCCCCAGAGGAAUUUUAGUAAACUAUUUUCCCAUCUUUUGGUUUA